GUAUUCAGACUAGCUGUGAACACCAUAAGUGUGUGGGUCAUUUACACUGUACUUGAAAUGGCAAGGGAUUAUGUGCUCUGUGGCGUAAGAAUGGUAGCUGGCCUGCGUGGCCAUCACACUUGCCCAAUACGUGCAACUUCAUCUUACCCAGGCACCCGGCACACCAUGUAUACGUUCUACAGCACACAAUCUCUUACAACUUCGAAUACAUUGAAUACAGUGUAUACUACCCAAACACAAACGAUCUCAAGAGCCAAUCUUUCAAUGCCGAAGUCAAGAAAAUCAAAGAAUAUAACCACGGUUACAACGCACCACACAACGCCCCAGCUACCGUAUAUUGUUCUUCCUAUUCCGCUCCUAUUGCUUACGCAACUUACUCUGCCCCGACUAACAGACGAGUCACGUACAACACAUAUUAAUUAUCAAAAUGUUCAUCCAUAACCUUGUUAUAAGUA